AUGCCCUCACCCGCACCACCACCACAGUCACAGUCGCAUUCCAGGGCAUCAUCGUCCCGGGUGCCCGCGCUGCUCGAGCCGCACGUGGCAUGCGGCCCGCUCGCGCGCGACGAGGGCUCGCUCACGCUGGUGACAUGGGUGCAGGGCGCGAGCGCCAACUGGCUGCUGCUGCGGUACCUGCACUCUCUGCUCGGCAGCGGGCCUCGGACGGACGACGGAGGGGAAGACGAUGUGCCUGGGGUCGUGCUCGUGAGCUUCUUGCGCGAUGCGAGGUUCUGGAUGGAAGGCUGCGCGAGAUUGGGAAUGGAUCUAGAUGCCCUUUGCAAGAGCAGACGUUUCGGCUUCGUCGACGGGCUGACGGGCCUCUACGCCGCGACGAUGGACUCACAGCCGCCGCCGUCGUCGUCGCAUUCUGCACCGGUGCCCGACGGCGACGGCGUCAUUGCCGGCCGUGGUGGCGGCCGGACGGCAACGGCAGACGCCAUCAAGACGCAGGUGGACGGCGCCUUGUCGCGUCUUCUCCCCGCGCCACCAGGGAAGAGGAUCCUGCUCGUCGACGGGCUGGAUGCCUACGUCGCGAUGACGCCGCCAGGCAGCGCAUCGGAGGCGGAGAGCCUGCUGAUGGGCUUGCGAGAGACUGUGCACUCGACCCUGCUCACCUUGGCCGCUGACGAGCCCCUCAUGCAGGCCGCGCAGCAGGGCACCGCGACGGCGACGACGAGCCUGGAGCGGGAGCAGGCCGCGCUGGUCCUCGGCCAGGCGCACGCCGCCGACCAGGUCGUCUCGCUGCGGCGGCUGGACACUGGCGCGGCGGCCGACGUCAGCGGCGUGCUGCGCGUCGCGACGAGGGCUGGUGGUGACGAGGGCGACGAGCUGCUGUACCACGUCUCUGGCGAUGGCAGCGUGCGCGUCUUUGAGAGGGGUGCUUGA